AUGACGCGCCAGCAGUGUUCGCCUCUUAAAGUUGUGUCCGAUGACGAUGAAGAUGCUGAAUUCAAUUUUCCUUUGCCCCCGAGAGAGAGCGAAUUACCCAUCAAUCUUGCUGAUGAUGAUGUCACUUGUGCAGAAAACUUGCAAGAGCAAAAGACCAGAUUGUCGGUGUGCGAACCACUUUGUGCUAGAACACCAUCACCUCAGAUGUCGUUGCCCUGCCGAAGUGACUCAGAGGGUACUGCUUAUAGAUUCUGUGGAAGAAGCCCACUUUCUCAUCAUGACUCAUCGAAUGCCGAUUCUUCUUUUAAUUCGUCUUCGGUUCUCUCCGAAAUAUCUCACAAGAAGAGAACUCCAGCAGUCAUUUGUGUAAUGUGGCUUGGCUACUUUUAUUCUUCUGUAUUUGCCUACCUUAUGGAUGAUUACUAUUGGGUCAAAUUGCCAAUGGAAUUUAAACAUUUAUGCGGAGCCCCAGCUGGUCCCGCCUCUUGCUUCAUUCGCCGUCCUCUCGGUGAACGCAAUGAUGCUAACAGCGCUCUACUGCGGCAGAAGAGUGUUACCUUUUUACCUUCUCAUAGGACGAUGCCUAUAGAGAGCUCUGUUCUAGAUACAGACACUGAAAGCCAGAACUCUUGUUAUUCUACAUCUGAUAGGAACUUAAUUGGUGAAAAUGAUGAUACUCAGUCUAAUGGCAACGCUUGCGACUCCCUCCAACAAACAAAUUAUUUGGGAUCA